CAUUUCUUUUCUUGGAAAAAAAUCUUCACAAACUUGGAACUGUUCUUACAGAGAAGCACAAGGCGGCUUUGUUUGAAGCCCUUGAGAAGGUCAAAUCUGAGUUGAUGGUUCUGGGAUUCAUUUCGCUCAUACUCACUUUUGGGCGGGAGUACAUUAUCAAGAUAUGUAUCCCUUUCAAGGUUGCAGCCACUAUGCUGCCUUGCGUAUCAGAUAGUGUGAAUGAUGGAGAGUCAAGUAGCGAAUCAGAACAUCGUAGACGACUCUUGUGGUUUGACCAUAGAUACUUAUCUUCUUCAAGUACAACUAAUCCUGCAUGCAAGUCGGGGUAUGAACCGCUUAUAUCAACAGAAGCAUUGCACCAAUUACACAUCCUCAUAUUCUUUUUAGCAGUCUUUCAUGUCUUAUACAGUGCUGUUACCAUGUUGCUUGGGAGGCUAAAGAUUCGCGGCUGGAAGAAAUGGGAGCAAGAGACUUCAACCAAUGACUAUGAGUUCUCAAAUGAUCCUUCUAGAUUCAGACUUACUUAUCAGACAUCUUUUGUAAGAGCACACACCAGUUUCUGGACCAAGCUUCCUAUCAUCUUUUAUAUUGGAUGCUUCUUUCGACAAUUUUUUAUGUCUGUUAGUAGGUCUGACUACUUGACGUUGCGCAAUGGAUUCAUCAAUGUUCAUUUAGGUCCUGGAAGCAAAUUUAACUUCCAAAAAUAUAUUAAACGAUCAUUAGAGGACGACUUCAAGGUAGUGAUGGGAGUAAGUCCUGUCUUGUGGGCAUCAUUUGUGCUUUUCUUGCUUGUAAACGUUAAUGGAUGGCAAGCAUUGUUUUGGGCAUCCUUAAUCCCUGUGAUUAUAAUCUUAGCUAUUGGAAUGAAGCUUCAAUCCAUUUUGACGAAGAUGGCUCUUGAAAUUACAGAAAAACAUGCGGUGGUGCAAGGGAUGCCACUUGUACAGGGCUCAGACAAAUACUUUUGGUUUGGUCGGCCUCAUUUAGUGCUUCAUCUCAUUCACUUCGCUUUGUUUCAGAAUGCUUUCCAGAUUACAUAUUUCUUUUGGAUAUGGUACUCUUUUGGAUUGUAUUCUUGCUUCCAUUCUAAUUUCAAGCUUGCAAUAUUGCAAAUUGUUUUCGGGGUUGUGGUCUUAGUUCUAUGCAGCUACAUCACACUUCCUCUGUAUGCCCUUGUCACGCAGAUGGGUUCACGCAUGAAGAGAUCAAUCUUUGAUGAACACACGUCCAAGGCCCUCAAGAAGUGGCACAUGGCAGUGAAGAAGCCGAAGGGAGGAAAGUCCCCAACUCGAACGCUAGGGGAAACUGUAAACCCAAGCAUUUCAACACUGCACUCUCAAGCAGAACACAGACUACAACGUUUCAAAACAACAGGUCACUCUAUACGCUCAUACACCCAUGACUAUCAUGGGGAAGAUAACAGCAAUGAAAGUGACUUCUCAUUUGUGAACCCUGCUUUGGCGAAUGAACCAUGAUAUAGUUUCAGCACUGGUACAAACU